UGGGACAAAUACCGCUUGUAUGUUCUGCGUAGAUUGCGAGGAAACUCUUUGUUCAGAUUGUGACAUAGCUCAUAGAAAAAAUAAACUAACACUAAAACAUUCUAUUAUUGAUAUUCAAAUUGUUUCAACUUUACCUGCGGCUUUGGUUCAGUCAAGCCCUGUUUGCCCUAAACACCGUCUAUUCGUACAGGAUUUGGUGUGUUGCAGCCACGAUGAAAUAUGUUGCCGACAAUGUAUGCUUGAGAUUCACAAGCAUUGUGAUAACGUUCAACCAGUAGAAAGUGCCUCAUUGAAAAUAAAACAGACAGGUUUAAUAGAUGACCUUGUCAAAGAGAGUAAACAGAUAUCUUCGACCAGCAAAAAAAUUGUAAAUGUAGGGAAUGAAAAUAUAAAGGAAAUUUCUCACCAAGAGGAACUUAUAUCUGCUGAUAUUGGAUCCGUACGAUCAUCAUUCAUUGCUACAGUAAAAAAUGUAGAGCAAAAAUUGACAAAGGAUCUGACACAAACUGUGAAACGCAAUGUUAACGAAAUUGAGAAAUACGAACAAGAACUUGAGGAGUUAAAAAACCGUGCUGUUGUUUAUAAACAAGAAAUGGAUUUUAUCCGGAAACAUGCAUCAGAAAACAAAGCACUUCUCCUAAUUGAAAGAUUGAAGCUAGAUUUACAUCGAGAUCAAAUGAAAAUGAAAAGCGUUACAUCCGAUAUUCGGAAUGUUAAAUUGACAUACAAUGACACAGUUAACUAUUCUGUAAAGUCGUUAGGUAACAUUGUGGUACAGAAUGCACCUUGUCCAUUGAAGUACGUACCUGGGACCGAUAUAUUGCGCACAAAAAUUAAUUAUAGAGAAGACUCAGAAGACCAGGUUUUGAACAGGGAUGGAUUAAGUCAAACUGAGAAAAACAAGCAACAGGGAGAAGAUAUAGACAACAGUUCAGUGUAUGAUGACAUACACGAAGUGACCAAACAAAUAAAAAAAGGAAGUACAUAUGUUAAAUCGGCAGAUUUAGCACGCAUCAGUAUGGAAGAGGAUCAUCACAAAACUGAAAAGCAAUCUGAGAAACUGACGGAUGAAGUUUAUGAGGACAUAUCAGAGGUUUCAAACGUAAUUUCCAAAGAACCUUCAUAUGUAAAAUCUGCAGGUCGGCAUAAUAAUUUAUCACCAAGUGAAGUUAUGUUAGAACACAAACUGAGCACUGGAUAUUUUACAGAGACAUGGAAAGGUAAAUUAAGACAGAGUAUUCCAGUGAUAGUCAAGAUAUUCAAGGUGGGGUCGAGAAAUAUUUCAGUGGAACAACUUACAAAAACAACACACGAAAACAUCGUCACGUUUUAUGGAGCAUUUGAAGACAAAGCAUCCAACAACAUUGUUUUUCAGUACAUGGCGCAAAAUAUCGUACAGUAUUUACAUUCGAAGGAGGGGCAAUCACUUCACCAAACAGAGUUGCUUGCUAUUGCAGCCCAGGUUGCACGAGGAAUGUCCUGGCUGGAGACCAUGAAAAUUGUGCAUUGUGGUUUACAAGCAAGUAAAAUUCUAAUUGGAGACAAUGAGGAAGCUAAAAUUUCUGGAUUGGAAUAUGUAACUACUGAAAAAGUCAUUGCACUUUAUCCAUACACUGCUGCUAGCGUUGAUGAAUUGUCAUUUCAAAAGAAUGACGUUAUCACAGUUAUUGGUACCGAGGAUGAAAACUGGUGGGAAGGUGAAAUGAAAGAACAAAGAGGUUUUUUUCCUGAAAAUUAUGUUGGAGCACCUCAAAAAUAUAUAAAAAUAGACCCGUCACUGUUCAAAUGGUAUGCUUUGGAAACUCUUAAAAGCGGACAAUGUUGUGUAAAGUCAAAUGUUUGGUCAUAUGGGGUUUUGCUUGUAGAAAUCCUGACACAUGGGCAGGUCCCAUAUCAAGGUGUAAAAGACACUGAAAUAUUAUCUAAGUUAAACCAAGGUUAUCGACAUCAACAGCCAACUCACUGUCCUGAUGAUUUGUAUGAUAUGAUGCUGAAAUGCUGGAAUGAAAAUCAAGAAGAAAGACCAACAUUUGAAAACCUAUAUAACUUUCUUGAAGACAUGAUAUUUGGAUUUUAAACUCGAAAUUACCAUUAUUGUGUUUUCAUUUUAAUACAUAUAAAGAAACUUUAAAGGACAUUUUAUAAAAAUAUUUUUAGACAUUUUCUUUUCAAUCAUAACGUCAGAGAGCAGUUAAUCAUUAAUCAAAAGUAGAUGAGAGAAAUAUAUAAACUAUUUAAUCGUGAAAUCAUAAAAGAGAGAGGAGAUUCCCAUUUGACAAUAAGUUCAUAUCAAAAUAGAAUUAACGAUGAUAAAACAAUUGAAGCAGAUUGUUUAUCAAGUAUAUUGAUU